UUUUAACGUCGUGCUUAAAGUUUCGUUUUCUCUUCCCCGAGAUAAUUCCUUUUUGCAUUAGCGACAAAUCCCCCUUUUUUAGGUUUUUUUCUUUCUCGUCGCCAUGAUGCAGCAGCCACCGUCCAACGCCGCCGGAGCAGGCCAGAUACCAUCCGACCAGCAAGCUUACCAUCAGCAGCAGCAGCAACAGUGGAUGAUGAUGCAACAGCAACAACAGCAGCAGCUGCAACAGGGUCAGCCGCCGGCUGGAUGGAAUCAGCAGUCGGCUCCGUCACAGGGUCAACAACAGCAGCAGCACUACGGAGCUGGAUCUCAGAACCCAGGAUCCGAUGGUGAGAUCCGUUCGCUGUGGAUCGGUGACCUCCUGCCAUGGAUGGACGAGAGCUACAUCAUGAGCAUCUUCGCUCAGACCUGCGAGGCUCAAUCAGCUAAAGUCAUUCGCAAUAAGCAGUCUGGUCAGUGCGAGGGCUAUGGAUUCAUCGAGUUUGCGAGCCAUGCUGCAGCUGAGCGUGUUUUGCAGACUUACAACGGUGCUCAAAUGCCGAACUGUGAACAGACCUUCAGGCUGAACUGGGCUCAGGCCGGUGCUGGAGAGAGACGCCAAACCGAAGGGCCUGACUACACAAUUUUUGUAGGCGACCUGGCUCCUGAGGUCACUGACUACACGCUCACCGAAACAUUCACGAGUGCGUAUGCGUCUGUCAAGGGGGCUAAGGUUGUGACUGACAGGACAACCGGACGGUCAAAGGGAUAUGGGUUUGUCAGGUUUGCGGAUGAAGGCGAGCAGGUGCGUGCCAUGACCGAGAUGAACGGUCAGUACUGCUCGACCAGGCCUAUGCGUAUUGGCCCGGCUGCUAACAAGAAGCCUCUUGGAAUGCAACAAGGUAUGUAUCAGGACCCUCAAGGAGGAAACCCUGGAGAUAGCGAUCUAAGUAACACAACGAUAUUUGUUGGAGCUCUGGAUGCCAGCGUUACAGACGAUGAACUAAAGUCAGUUUUUGGUCAAUUUGGAGAACUAGUUCAUGUGAAAAUACCUCCAGGAAAGCGUUGUGGAUUCGUUCAGUUUGCCAACAGGGCCUGUGCGGAGCAUGCACUUUCGAUGUUGAAUGGAUCACAGUUGGGUGGACAAAGCAUCCGUCUUUCAUGGGGACGUAGUCCAAACAAGCAGUCGCAGCCUGAUCAAGCUCAAUAUAAUAGUGGAUACUAUGGAUACGCUCCACAGCAACAGGGAUAUGAACCAUAUGGUUAUGGUGGUCCUCCUCCUCGUCCUCAGGAUCCUAGUGCGUACUAUGCCGGUUACACUGGCUAUGGCAACUAUCAGCAGCAGCGGCAGUGAAAGAUCAACACCAGCUUUUUCUACCAAUGGACAAAAUAUGAGUCAUUGAGUCUUUGCUUGAUAGGGACUUUUAGAUUGAGAGUGAUCUGUCUCUUUUUACUUAUUUCGAGUUUUGUUGUUUUUUUUAAUAAAAAUGUUGGAAUUGCUAUGAACAUAUUGUUUAGUGAAUGACUGAAUGUUGAAACUUUCGAUUUUAAAUUAUUUUGUCAGAAAACAAUUUAUGCUUCAAACCUAUAUAAAGUUUUACAUGACAUGAAGAAAU